GGGGCUCAGAACAUGAAACUGCAGUGCUAGAACAGGCUGUGUUAGUCACCAAUUCCUUGGCUGAGCAUCACUUAGAACUUGCAGUCAUGGCUUUCUAUUCUUCAUCCUCAUCCUAUAGGACAUCUGGUGGGUCCUCAGGUGGUGCCAAAGGUCCUGGGUGCAGAAACUCUGUUUCUUUUUCCAAAUAUGCACCCAGUGGAGCAGGGGGAGCUUUUGGUGGCAAUGUAGGUUACUGUCAAGCUGGUGAUUUAGGUGCUGGUUAUGAUGGUGAAUUUGCAGGGGUUGGAUAUGGUGGUGGUGCUAGCUAUGGUGGAGGAGCAGGAGCUGGAUUUGGUGGAGGAGUAUGCUCUGGCUUUGGUGGAGGAGCAGGAGCUGGAUUUGGUGGAGGAGCAAAUGCUGGUUAUGGUGGAGGAGCAAAUGCUGGUUAUGGUGGAGGAGCAAAUGCUGGUUAUGGUGGAGGAGCUGGUGCUGGAUUUGGUGGUGGAUAUGGAUUUAACCAGGGAGGUGGAUUUGGUGAAGGUCUCCUUGCUGUCAAUGAGAAGCAAACCAUGCAGAACCUAAAUGACCGUCUGGCCAACUAUUUGGACAAAGUGCGUAGCUUGGAGAACGCCAAUGCUGAACUGGAGAAAAAAAUUCGGGAAUGGUAUGAAAAGCAAAGUCCUGUUAGUAAAACUGCUGAUUACAGCCAGUAUUUUAAGACCAUUGAGGAUCUCCGUGCGAAGAUCUUUGCUGCCACUAAAGAGAAUAACAAAGUGAUCCUGGAUAUUGAUAACACUAGACUCACCACCGAUGACUUCAGACUGAAGUAUGAGAAUGAACUGGUUCUUCGCCAGAGCGUGGAGGCUGACAUCAAUGGUCUACGCAGAGUCCUGGAUGAUCUAACUCUAUCUAAGUCUGACCUGGAAAGCCAGAUUGAGAGUCUUAAUGAGGAACUGACUUACAUGAAAAAGAACCAUGAAGAGGAAAUGAAAGGAUUGCAAGGUCAAGCCGCUGGAUCAGUUAAUGUGGAGAUGAACGCAGCUCCAGGUCUGGAUCUUAGCAAGAUCCUGGCUGACAUGAGAGCCGAUUAUGAAAAGUUGUCUGAGAAAUACCGGAAGGAGUCUGAAGAAAUGUUCCUGGCUAAGACCAAGGAAUUGCAGGUACAGGUCGUUACUGGUGUUCAAGAGGUCCAGACAUCCAAAACAGAGAUCACAAAUCUGAAGCAUACACUCCAGAGCUUGGAGAUAGAACUACAGUCUCAGCUCAGUAUGAAAUCAGCUUUAGAAGCAUCCUUGGCUGAUACAGAAGGUCGAUACUGUGCACAGAUUGCUCAGAUUCAGGAUCUUAUAGCUAAGUUGGAGGAAGAGCUUGCAGACCUCAGAAACCAGCUGGAAAUGCAGACCAGUGAGUACAAGAUGCUUCUGGAUGUCAAGUCCCGUCUGGAACAGGAGAUCGCCAAAUACACACAGUUGCUGGAUGGACAGGACUUCAAGUAAGUUGGAGGACCAGAGAGUACAGGUCUCAUAACAUAG